GAACAUGGCGCUGCGAGUGGUGCGGAGCGUGCGGGACCUGCUCUGCACCCUGCGCGCGGUCCCGUCCCCCGCCGCGCCCUGCCCGCUGAGGCCCUGGCAGUUGGGGGCGGGCGCCGUCCGGACACUGCGCACGCGACCCGCUCUGCUUUCGGUGCGUAAAUUCACAGAGAAACAUGAAUGGAUAACAACAGAAAAUGGUACUGGAACAGUGGGAAUCAGCAAUUUUGCACAGGAAGCACUGGGACAUGUUGUUUACUGUAGUCUACCUGAAGUUGGGACAAAAUUGAACAAACAAGAUGAGUUUGGUGCUUUGGAAAGUGUGAAAGCUGCUAGUGAACUCUAUUCUCCUUUAUCAGGAGAAGUAACUGAAAUUAAUGAAGCUCUUGCAGAAAAUCCAGGACUUGUAAACAAAUCUUGUUAUGAAGAUGGUUGGCUGAUCAAGAUGACAGAGUAACCCUUCAGAACUAGAUGAACUUAUGAGUGAAGAAGCGUAUGAGAAAUACAUCAAAUCUAUUGAGGAGUGAAAAUGGAACCCCUAAAUAAACUAGUAUGAAAUACCGCAACCCAGCAGAUUGUCUUAAAUUAGUGGUGGAUAGAAGACUUAGAAUAGCAACUUUUAGCAUUACCGAUGGAGAAGAAAAAAACUACUGUUAACGCUGCUAAUGAAGGAAAAUGCCCUUUAACUUUCUAAUGAUGAUAGAUUUUAGA